AUGGCAUCUAUAGGAGUAAUUAAAAAUUUAAUACCAAAAGCAAGAAGUCAGCUUUUGUCAAAAGCAACAUUUACCAGUGCUUUGUAUGAUCAAACAAGAAACAAUUUAAAAAUUAACAAAGAUACCAAAGUAAUUAUUCAAGGAUUCACUGGAAAACAAGGAACAUUCCAUGGAAAACAAAUGUUGGAAUAUAAUACAAAAGUUGUAGGAGGUGUUAACGCAAAAAAAGCUGGAACAACUCAUUUAGGUAAACCAGUUUUUAGUACAGUAUCAGAAGCCCGUAAAGAGACUGGAGCUGAUGCCACAGUUAUUUACGUUCCCGCUUUCGCCGCAGCUGAUGCCAUUCACGAGGCUUUAGAUGCUGAAAUACCACUUAUUGUAUGUAUUACUGAAGGAAUACCACAGCAUGACAUGAUUCGUGUCAAAAAUAGACUUUUAAAACAAAAUAAGAGUAGACUUUUAGGACCAAAUUGUCCUGGAAUUAUUAAACCUGGUGAAUGCAAAAUUGGUAUUAUGCCAGGGCAUAUUCAUAUGGAUGGAUGUAUUGGUAUUGUAUCACGUUCUGGUACUCUUACUUAUGAAGCUGUUCACCAAACAACAAAUGUUGGUUUAGGACAAACACUUUGUAUUGGAAUUGGUGGAGAUCCAUUCAAUGGAACAAAUUUUAUUGAUGCUUUAGAUAUUUUCUUUAACGAUCCUAAAACUAAAGGUAUUAUAAUGAUUGGUGAAAUUGGUGGUCAAGCUGAAGAGUUGGCAGCAAAAUUCAUUUCUGAAAACAAUUCUGGUGAAAAAGCUAAACCAGUUGUUUCAUUCAUUGCUGGAGUUACUGCCCCACCUGGUAGAAGAAUGGGUCACGCUGGUGCAAUUAUUGCAGGUGGUAAAGGUUCUGCUGCCGAUAAAAUUGCUGCUUUAAAGGAUGCUGGAGUUCAUGUUACUCCAUCACCAGCCCAAAUGGGAACAGUUAUUGCUAGAGCUCUUCUUGGAAUGAAAGUGGAACAAUAA